UUUUUAUUGCUAGUCCAUCUGGUGUUUUUUGUCUCAAUUUUUGACAUCUACUUCACAUCUCCGCUGGUCCAUGGAAUGACCCCACAACACACUUUGCUGCCAUCUCCGGCAAAACGUCUAGUGCUGUUUGUAGCUGAUGGCUUGCGAGCUGACACCUUUUUUGAGUUGGAUGAAAAUGGUGUUUCUCGGGCUCCUUAUCUCAGAGAAAUAAUCCAAACAAGGGGUAGCUUUGGUGUCUCUCACACUCGAGUUCCUACAGAGUCCAGACCGGGACAUGUUGCCUUGAUAGCAGGUUUCUAUGAAGAUGUCAGUGCAGUUGCAAAAGGUUGGAAGGAAAAUCCAGUUGAAUUUGAUUCUGUUUUUAAUGAAAGUGCAUACACAUGGAGCUGGGGCAGCCCUGAUAUUUUACCCAUGUUUGCAAAAGGUGCCAGUGGAGAUCAUGUAUUUACACAUUGUUACUCAGCGGCAAGUGAGGACUUUGCCUCUGAAGAUGCUACCGAACUGGACACUUGGGUGUUUGACAAUGUGAAGAAUUUCUUCAGGUCUGCCCGCAGCAACCAAACACUAUUAAAUAAACUAUAUGAAGAAAAAAUAGUGUUUUUCCUUCAUCUGCUUGGACUAGAUACCAAUGGACAUGCUCAUAGACCAGGUUCCAGCGAGUACAAAGAAAAUGUGAAAAAAGUUGAUGAAGGAAUCAAGGAAAUGGUAACCCUGAUUGAAGACUUUUAUGGAUAUGAUGAUAAAACAGCUUUCGUCUUCACCUCUGACCACGGCAUGACAGACUGGGGUUCUCAUGGUGCAGGUCACCCUUCUGAGACACUGACACCACUAGUUGUUUGGGGAGCCGGAGUACAUUAUCCAAGGCUAAAUCAACUGCAGCAUGAUACAUUCUCAAAAGAAUGGAAUUUGGAAAGAUUUCAAAGAAUUGAUGUCAACCAGGCAGAUGUGGCUCCACUCAUGACAGCACUUAUUGGAGUCCCUUAUCCUCUUAACUCAGUGGGUAUUUUGCCUGUGCAGUAUCUUAACAGCAGCAGUCUUUUUAAAGUGGAGAGUAUGCUUACUAAUGCGCUUCAGAUCCUGGAGCAGUUCAAGAUCAAGAUGGCACAGAAAAAAGAAACCACCCUGUCAUUCCUAUUUUCACCAUUUAUUUUGCUUUCAGAUUCUAAGCAGCUUGACAUUCUGAGGAAAACAAGAUCUUACAUUCAGGGAGGGAAUUACAAAGAAGCGAUGGACCUCUGCAAGACUUUGAUGGACUUGGCUCUACAAGGACUCGCUUAUUACCAUACCUAUGACAGAUUCUUCCUUGGCAUAAGUGUUGUGAUGGGCUUCACUGGCUGGAUUUCAUACGUUAUUUUAAUAACUUUGAAAACAAAUACUAAUAUAUCUCAAACUACUGUGACUCACAAUGGGGCAACAUCGUCUCUUGUGAAAUAUGGAUUUUUAACUCUGGCACUGUGCACUGUCUUUUUCCUGGUAAUCCAGUCAAGUCCAUGGACUUACUACGUGUAUUGCCUGUUACCCAUUAUUAUCUGGAAUGAAGCAUCAAAAGAAUUAUGGAUUCUUCAUUGGCUCAGAAUGCAACUGAUCACAGUUUCAGCUCUUAGAGUGUUGGAAUUUAUAAUCGUUAUAGGCUUUGGAGUUUUACUAUUGGUUCUCAGCUUCUUCUAUCGUUCAGUGCUUACAAUUGGACUUAUGGGUUUUGCCUGUUGGCCUCUGGUUGCAAAGCUGUGGGGACAAGCUAAGCUAACAACUAUGAGUUGGGUUCUCUUGUGCUUGCUGCUGGCAGUGUUUCCCCUGAUGCCUGUUGUUGGAAGGGAGCCCAACAUCACUCUGGUUCUUGGAGCUGGAUCUGUACAUGUA